UGGUGAAAGCGGUGAACUAGAAAAUGAAAUCAUUAAUAGUAAGAAUGGUGUUUGUGGAACAAAAUUGGACACACUUGCUGUUAAUGCGUAUAAAAUGUUCUUUUCAUUAAGUGGUGUUAUGUUUUUUAUUGUUAAAGAAUGUGGAACAAAAUAACUGUCAGAAUUGUUCGAGUGAUUGACAUAUUGCUGUUGCUGAUAAAUCUAGUUUCAUUUGCAUAUGGUGCGCUGGACUGUUUUGACUGCGCUGACCUGAUGUCUCUAGAUGAAUGUCAUACGAUCAAGACUUGUCUGGACUCGCAGAUGUGCUACACCGAAACAUACAGAAAGAAUGAAGAAGUCCUUUUCGCGAUGGGGUGUAGAGAAAAACUGUUUUGUUCUGGCAUUGACAUGACCCCCCUGUUCGGUCGGAGGCGCGCCCCUGCCCCGGGCUGUAACCAGUGCUGCGGUCUCCAUGGCUGUAACAAGUACUUGUGUCCAGUCCGGUUCACAACCCCUCCGCCUGCAGUUGAUGGGCAGUGGUCGACAUGGAGUAAUUGGGAUGCGUGUGAGCCUCCGUGUGGAGUAGGAAUCCACUUCCGGUAUAGGCAGUGCGACAAUCCAUCUCCUUCCGCUCACGGGCGUCUGUGUAUGGGGGACGCUAAGGACGUCGCUCUGUGCCACAACUCUCCCUGUCCCGAUCCGCCUCUCACUCCAAAAACAACAUCAGAUCCUCCACAAACUACAACAACUUCAACAACAACUUCAACAACAACUUCACCAACAACAACAACAACAACAACCAUGUCGCCGACGGCAUCGAGCGUCUCCCCCAGCACCCCAAAGCAGGCCACGACAAGUAGGGUAUAUAACGAACAAUUCACACCUAACAACAUGACACAGAAACCUGGGCAUUGCAUGGACCUGACAGAUUGUUCUGCGUAUUACCGACCCGAGGCGUGCGUUGGAGUCUACAGCGCCUGGGCGCACAAGUACUGCCCAGUCCACUGUGGAUUCUGUCCAACCUCUCCCAUCCCGUGCGUGGACGAGAUCGACAAUUGCCACGAGUAUGAGGCGGACAUUUGUACCACCGUGUCUUUUUGGCAGUGGCGCGAGAAACACUGCAGGAAGUUUUGUCAGCUCUGCUAAACAUAUUUUAUGUAAAACCGGACUUAAUUUAUGUGCGUAAAGUAUCGACUCAGCUUAGCCUAUGCAGUCCGUACAGGCUUAUCUGGGGCGACACUUUCCGCUUUAUGGAUUGUUCCGUGAGAAAGAAAGUCUGUUAAAAAAACAAAAUUCAGGUUAAGGCGGUAGGUGUUGUCCCUGAUUAGCCUGUGCGGAUUGCACAGGCUAUUCUGUGACGACACUUUGCGCACAUGCAUUAAUGGGGCUUAGCAGGAUGCUCGCACGUGGGUACUGCGGAUUAUUGCAAAGUGCACGGCUUCAUGACGUCAUAUCGCUUGUUUUUUCGUGACACAAUAUUUAUCAUGUUAUUUUUUUGUGUGGCUUAAGUGUGUUUGUCCAAUUUUACAGAAGAUCUUACGAAAAACACUUCGAGACAUUAACUGAAACGUAUUUUAAACAGUGGAAUAUACUUUUUAGCAAGAUUGAUUGCAUUAUAUUGUUGAUAUUCGUGACACAUUUUAUUAUUGUUCGUUUAGUCAAGAGUUCAAGAGGAAACCAACUAAAUUUUAUCUCUAUACAUCCACAUGCAUAUGUGAUUUGUUAUAAAGGGUGGCAAUCGUUUUCGAUUUGGACCUGUUACAUGGAGUAAAGUUAAAUUAAAAACAUUUAUGCCUAGCGUCUAGAAAAAAGGCCCUGGUAAACAUCGUAGACGCAAAUGAGACGCCGCAUGAUGCGCUGUUUGCUUAAAGGAAUUUCUGUAAGAAAUAUUCUAAAUAUAGAAAUAAAUAUACUAGACAUCCAUAAUUUUGGAUAUAAAUUGAUCCAAUUUAGAAGGAUGGAAGAGUCCACUAGGCGUAAAUGAGUUAAUCAGUUUGCGGUAUACCUAAAUUUUAUCUGUAUGCAACUGGCACCGGGAGUCUUGUUGCCUUCGUUCAGCGGCAUGAUGAUAUGUGUUUCUGUCUUUGUUGUAUGUACAUAUAUUAGUCGUGUUCUGAGAAAACUGUGCUUAAUGCAUGUGCGUAAAGUGUCGUCCCAGAAUAGCCUGUGCAGUCCGCACAGGCUAAUCAGGGAAGAUACCUCCGCUUGUAUGGUAUUUUUAGUUUCAAGGAAGUACAUCCUUACAGAAAAUUAAGUUUAGGCGGAAAGUGUCGUCCCUGAUAAGCCUGUGCGGACUGCACAGGCUAGUCUUGGGUGACACUUUACGCACAUGCAUUAAGCCCAGUUUUCACAGAACGCAGCUCAUAUGAUCAGUGAAAAGUAUUGUUUGCGUGUUUGCUCAUUAAGUGUAUCAACAUUCGCUAUUACCGUAUUCGUUCAUGUUUCAUCUAUUUUUUGUAUGAUUCAACAUUUCACAUUUACCGACGAGUACAUUCACACUUGUUUCAGUGUUAAUAGUGAAAUGGAUAACUUUGAGAAACGCACAUUAAUUCUAAUUGGACCAAUUAUAGAGGGCAAUAGAAAUUGGUACAAAAAUGUAGCAAUUUUUUUCACUUGUAAUUGUCAUAAAACAUGCUUCAUGAUAUGUGCAUUAAAAUAUAUAUCUUCAGCAUAAGUGAUCAUAGACUGACCAGCAAACAAACGUAGUCUUAUUCUCUGGCACGAUUUAUUUUCGGGAUUCUUAAAUUAAAUUGCACGCUACAGAAAUGUAAAGAUUGUGGUUCAGCAGUGCAUACAUAGAUAACCUUUUACGGGUUCAGCACGUUUAAACCACAUUUACACUAGUCUGCAAUCUAAUCAAACCAUCGCAUUUCGACGUCACGGUUGAUAUAUUUUAUAAACAUGAGCACUUGAUUUUUUGUGAUUUUUCAAACGCACAUGGUAAUAUGUGUAACGUAUACUCGUUUGAAAAUUGAAAAAGUUGAAAAUUGAAACAUGAUCUAUGGGUUUCAAAAUAACAAAAACAUAAAACAUUGACAGGAGUUCCGCUGGAUUUUGUCAAAGCGUAAUAUUAUAAUUAGGACCGUGCUAAGUGAAAAGGGGGUUUGAUGAAUGUGCGUAAAGUGUCUUCCCAGAUUAGCUUGUGCAAUCCGCACAGGGUAAUCAGGUAUGACACUUUCCGCUUUUAUUGUAUUUUUCGUUUACAAAAAGUUUCUUCUUAGCAAAAAAAUCCAGUUAACGCGAACAAAUGUUGUCCCUGAUUAGCCUGUGCGGACUGCACAUGCUUAUCUGAGACGACGCUUUACGCACAUUCAUUAAAUCCCCUUUCUCAAAGCACGGCUCAUAUAAAUGUCACACCAACAGAGGGUGAAAUAACGUAUUAUCAACCCGAUAAUGUUAUUGUUAUGUCCCAUGCGACAUUAAAGAGAGUCGCACGCUUAGUAUAUUAUCUUUUUUGGAGUAAAAUCUUCUGGACAUCUAAGGACCGUAUUUUAAGUUCAAUAUAUUUUUUCUUCGCAAACAUUGCCAUUCGAUUGUAACUGAUCAAUUUCAACUUAUUUGACGUUUAAUCUUUAAAUCCGCUUUAAUGCUUCGAACAUUGAAAUACAAGUGAUAUAUUUUAAAAUAUGCUGCAUAAAAAGUCAAAGUAAAAUAAGACAAAUAUUAGAGCUGAAUAGUUAAGCAAACUUAAACUACCGAAUAUAUAUUUUCUAUGGUUGUUGUUUUGUUUUCUCAAGUAAAAGGUUAAUGUAAAUUUAGUAUAAUUAUGUACCCUUUACAUUGUGAUAAUUUUAAAUGAACGCUUUUGAUGUAAAUACGACUAAGACAUGUUCCUUUUAUUUGAAUGUGGUUAACCAAUGUAUUUGAGAACGGUAUAUUCAAAUAGCAAACACAAUACAUGUAAUAAAUGUUAGAUAUUUUGAAUAAAAAAGCACAUGCCGGUCCGAUUAUUAAGAUGUUUAACAAGAAAUACAAUGUGAACUAAAUCUAUAUUUAUUUGCCAUUUAAAACAAAAUAAAAACUUAAUAUCAACGAAUAUUGCGCAAACUAUUUCAUGAAAUAAAGUUAACACAUAACCAA